GGAAGGCGCGUCCGAUUGCAGGCUGUGGUCUGCAGCGAAGAAUCGGGGGUGGGGGAGUCGGAGACCCCUCUCUUCUCCCCACACCCUGGAGGGUUCCACCCCAGAGGUUGGACUCCAGGUCCCAUCAUCCCCCGCCGGCCCAGUCUCUCCGCAUUAGAAAGCUACUAGGACUUGAUUUGGCGUUAAGGACUGUCUUGAUUACGUGAUCCAGUUGUACUACCAGAAAAUGUCCGGCUUCUGAUACAGAGCCUGUUGGUCGGCAUAAUCUGGAGCUGCAAAUUUCAACUUGCUGAGGAUUUUUUUCCCCCCACGCCUUCGCAAUUCCGGAGAAAACAUCUAAUCUGCACAGACUAAGUCUCAUCCCCUCCAGGUCAGUUGUUGGCACCUGUCCUUCGAGGACGUUGUUCAGCCAUGGAGAUGGAAGACGAGACGGAGAAGAUCAACAUUGGGACUGAAAGCCUACAGAACAACGAGGCAAUCCAAGAAGGAAUUCCAUCCAACAGCUGGCCACACAAAUGUGCCUCAUAUGUCCUGGCUCUCCGGCCCUGGAGCUUCAGUGCUUCCCUCACCCCGGUGGCCCUGGGCAGCGCCCUGGCUUACCGCUCCCAGGGUACCCUCGACCUGGGCCUUCUGGUUGGCAGCGCCGUCACUGUCUUGGCAGUCCAUGGAGCUGGCAACCUCGUGAAUACCUACUAUGAUUUUUCCAAAGGCAUCGACCACAAGAAGAGUGACGACCGGACCCUGGUGGAUCAGAUCUUGGAGCCUCAGGAUGUGGUCCGGUUUGGGGUCUUCCUAUACACUUUGGGUUGCAUCUCAGCAGCAUUCCUCUAUUGCUUCUCCACCCUCAAAUUGGAACACCUGGCCUUGAUUUACUUCGGAGGACUCUCCAGCUCUUUUCUCUACACUGGAGGCAUCGGAUUUAAGUACGUUGCACUGGGUGACGUGGUCAUCCUGAUCACCUUUGGUCCCCUGGCUGUGAUGUUCGCCUAUGCUCUCCAGGUGGGCUACCUGUCCAUCUCGCCCUUGCUGUAUGCCGUGCCCUUGGCCCUCAGCACCGAGGCCAUCCUGCACAGCAACAACACCCGGGACAUCGAGUCCGACCGGCAGGCGGGCAUUGUCACGCUGGCUAUUCUCAUCGGCCCCACGCUCUCUUACGUCCUUUACAGCAGCUUGCUCUUCCUGCCAUACCUCAUCUUCUGCGUCCUGGCUACUCGCUACACCGUCUCUAUGGCUCUACCUCUCCUCACUCUGCCCAUGGCGUUUUCCCUGGAGCGGCAGUUCCGGAGCCAAAGUUUCCUCAAAAUCCCGCAAAGGACAGCCAAGCUCAACCUCCUGUUGGGACUUUUUUACGUCUUCGGCAUCCUUCUGGCUCCCCCUGGCUCCCUCCCCAAACUCUAGAGAGACAUCAGAAAAUAGAAGGUUCCCUGAAAAUAAUUCUUCCCCAAAAGCUUUCAUAGAAUACACAAGACACACACACACACAAAUACAUACAUGUAUAUAUGUACACGUGAGUUUACAAUCUUCACCAAACCACAUAAGGUUUUUUCCCCCUGAUCCACGAACGUCAGAUUUCCUGAAAUGUUUCCUUUUCACAAAGGGAUAAAAUCAUCUUUAUAAAGUUCUCGGUUCUCCGAGUUGGGUUCCUG